CACCGCGAAAACACUUGGCUUCAGUGACUUCAGUGUUCGACUUGGAGUAUCAGCGAUUCACUUGAGAUCGCCGAUGGCUUCCCCCUGGAUGCAUUGAAUGCUCGUCUGUGGUCAUUACAAAGCGACUUCUGCCAUUCAAGCCUUGCGUUAGUCGAGCUGAUGAGAAGUUACUGACUUCUCCGAUCGACAGUGGCAUCCAUCACACCGGCUGUCCGAGGACUGUUCCACUUUGCGGUGAAGCACCACACUUGGGGUUCCGUAUCCGUAGGCCGCUCGAUAUCAAUCGUUUACAGAAUCGGAUCCGAGAUAUCCAGCACAAUGGUAACCACGAACGGAUCCUCGAAAGCGCAAGUCGGUGAAAACCAACUACGACAGAUCGGUCGCGUUCUCAACGAUCCGAAGAGACCUCUGAAGGAACGAUUCCGAGCCUUGUUCACGUUGAAGAACCUCGAGGGUGGCGUUCCUUACAUCAGUGAAGCGUUCGGCGACAAGUCAGCUCUCCUCUUACACGAGUUAGCCUAUUGUCUCGGACAAACUCGAGACCCAAAGGCGAUUCCGACGCUCGUCAAAGUCCUCGCCGACGCAAACAUGGAAGCCAUAGCCCGACACGAGGCCGGAGAAGCACUCGGAGCUAUCGGAGUUCUUCACCAAGAGGCUAGAUCUGUAUUGGAGAAACACAAGAACGACGCCAACCCGGUCAUCGCGGAAACUUGUCAACUGGCUCUGCGGCGGAUAGAAUUCAUCCACAGCGCGGCCUACAAGGAAUCCGACCUCGGAAAUUGCAACUACUCUUCUAUCGAUCCUACACCACCCUUCGAGAAGGACAGCAAAACAAUCGAAGAGCUCCGAGAGAUACUUAUCGACCCUAAGAACUCUCUCUGGGAACGAUAUCGCGCCAUGUUUUCCCUGAGGAAUCUUGGUUCUCCUGGAGCAAUAAAAAUCCUCGGCGAAGCCCUCUUCUGCCCAUCGUCCGCGCUCUUCAGACACGAAGUGGCUUUCGUUUUCGGUCAGCUCCAGUCUAUCGAAUCGAUUCCAUAUUUGACGAAAUGUCUCGAAAACACCGCGGAACUGGCCAUGGUGCGGCACGAAUGCGCUGAAGCUCUCGGGAGUAUAGCGACCGACGAUUGUAUGGAGUUAUUGAAAAAAUAUCUCACGGAUCCCGAGGACGUUGUUCGAGAGAGCUGCGAAGUGGCCUUAGACAUGUGCGAAUACGAGAACUCAGCCGAGUUCCAGUACGCCGACACAUUACAGAAAAUGCGUCAAGUACACAACAACUGUCGCAACGGCUUCUACGCCGGAACUGAGAUCAGGCGAGCCGAAGUCCCCGUAGAGAAAGUCUCGUGGGAAGUGGACUUUCCCGAAUACCAGCCCACCGAAUACGAGUCAGAGGUCUUGAGAAAUAGGCCCUGGUCGGAUCCGAAAAUAACGGGCGUCGACUCUCCCAUGAAGUUCAACGAGGUCGACGGCGAAGUCAACCGGAAGUCCCAUGAAGGGGAAUAUGAGGUGGUCAACGGUCUCCCACGGAAUCCUCACGGACGAACUGGGAUCGCUGGAAGAGGUCGCCUCGGCCGCUAUGGACCAAAUCACGCCGCGGACCCUAUCGUCACUCGUUGGCAGAGAGAUGAGCAAGGAAAACAGGUCUUCGACAAGACCACGCUGAUGCCAAUCUUGGAGUUCGUCGCCAUUCAAAGGAAGGAUAAUGGAGAAUGGGCCAUCCCGGGAGGUAUGGUCGACCCCGGUGAAACGGUGAACCUAACCCUCAAGAGAGAAUUCCUCGAAGAAGCCAUGAAUUCCGACACUGGACUGUCGGAAAAUCAAAGAGAGCUGGUCGAGAAGUUUUUUGAAAAAGGCGAGACGAUAUAUGAGGGUUACGUUGACGAUCCCAGAAACACGGAUAAUGCCUGGAUGGAGACCACGGCUGUGAAUUACCACGACGAGAGGGGGCACACGGUGGGCAACAUGAAGCUUUCGGCGGGCUCAGACGCGGGUAAAGUGCGCUGGAUGCCUUUGAGCCAAGAACUAGCCCUCUAUGCGAGCCACGCCUCAUUUCUCGAGAAAGUCGCUUCGAAGUUGCAAGCUCACUGGUGA